ACAGCCAAGUUAGUCAGCUGAGCCUGAGCCCUCCACUGAUACUACACUUCCCAGCAUGCACUCUGUCAUAUCAUCUUUGACUGCGUGAAAUGAUGCAGCCUUUCCAUCCUCCCUGGUUUUGAGAAACAUUUCGUAAGGUGGUCUGGAACAAGGUCAGGUGAAUGUGAACAAGAAAACAGCCAGAGUCAGGAGAGAGAACAACUGGAGAACUGCUGAUCAGGUUCAAAGGUCAGGAGAACCUCCCGCUCAUUGAAAGGAGAAUUUAAAGAAAUUAAAUUUGGAUCAGAACAGUUCAGUCUGGAGAACUGCUCCUCUCAGUUGUCUCCCUUAUACAAAGGAAUCAUUAAGUAUCUUCAGUCACAGGGUGGAGAGUCUCAUGGUUUGUAAAGAGACGCCCUCUGACAGUUUUACUGUCUGUUUCAGAUAACAGCAGAGCCGUCUGUGCUGUGUGAGGCUGUCAAACAGAACAAAUACAUUCUGUCUGAAACGUUUUAGACUAAAGGACUCCUUCAAUCUACGUUUAGGAUUGGAUCAUGCAGAAUCGAACAAACAGGAGAGGAUACACUGAACAUUAUGUUCGACAGAAACACCUGAAGUUAACAGAACUGAAAUUGGAAGCUGAAAGGAUUGGUUUGAAAAACAGAUACCUCCGGACUGAAAACAUCCCAGAAUAUCCCAAACCAGAGUUCCACGUGAAUCUUCUGAAACAUGAAACUAGGAUCGGGGCUAUGUGGGAUCUGGAGGGAUGGAGGCUUCAGGAACCCAUUCGGAGGACCUUGGAUAUGGUGGAGUCUGGCUGUGGGACCAGACCAGAUGAAGGACGCAGAGAUGAGGCUCCUGGAGAAGACGUUCCCAGACCGGACGGAGGGCGAAGAACCUGAGCAGCAGAACUUCUUGUGGAGGUUUGCCACGUCUCCAGCCUUCAAGGAGACGUCCCGGCUGGGCUGGUACCGCUUCACCUUCCCCCUGCAGGAGGUGCUGACGGCCUACAGCGAGCAGUUCUGCUCCGGUUCUCAGCCCAUCAUGCGGGUCUACGAGACAGUCCUAUACGAACAAGAAGUGAUGCAUGUUGUUCUGGUCCACAGUCCAACUAAGCAGAACUUCUCACACUACCCUUUGCUGACUGAUGACCCAGAUGCUGUUUGUGUUUACAAAGACGGACAUUUUAUCUGGAGACCAGAGGCCAUGUGUGAGAAGCACUGGUUGAAGCUGAUCUGCAGACCUGACAGCCGGCAGCUGGAGGCCUGUGGUGUCGCUCAGGAUCUCUGUUAUGUCUGGGACAAGGUUGCUGUUGCUCUGGACGUUGAGAAGACACAGGUGCUGAAGUUUGAUGCUGAUCGGCUGAGAAGCAACUUGAAGUACUGCCUCCUUGAUGACGUGAACUGCCUUCCAAAGGAUCACAAAUCUGUCAGUUUUGAAGAUGCUAAAACGGUGGUGAAGGGUCUGUGGCCGGGCUGGACUGGUCCUCUGGAGGAGGAGAGCUCCCUGCUGCACAGUUUAUCAGUUUCAGACCUGCGCCUGGUUCUGGUUGGGUGGGCUGGAGUUGGGAAGAGCUCUAGUGGGAACACCAUCCUGGGAAGAAACGCCUUCAGGACCAGUCCUCCAUUUGGUAGAAGCCGGUGUUGUCUGCAGAGAGGCAACGUCUUCGGCAGGGAGGUGACCGUCAUCGACACUCCAGCUCUCCCAGAAACAUCCGACCCUGAGGUCACGAACGAGAUCAUCAGGUGCAUCAACCGGUCGACGCCGGCGCCUCACGCCAUCCUGCUGGUCGUCAGACUGGGGUUCCUCACCACGCAUGUGGAGGAAACAGUGAAGCACGUGGAAAAGAUGUUUGGAGGAAAUGUCUGGAGGCGCACCAUGAUCCUGUUGACCCACCAGAACCAGGCAGAACCAGACAUCCAGAGCCAGCUAAAGGACAUUGAAAACCAACUGAAACUCCUGUUCAGGAAAGUAGGCAACAGAUUUCAGGUCCUGAACAACAAAACGCAUCAGAGAGACGUCCAGCAGGUCUGGGAUCUGCUGUUUGAGGUGAAGGAGAUGCUGGUGAACAAUAAACUGGUGUAAACGGGACAGAACCACAGUUUCAGUGUCUGAAACUCCAUCAAGAAGCAGGAGAAAAUAGUAGGGAAUGUUUUAGAGAUGAAAUGGCUCGGCUCACCUGUGUUUUCAUCAAACUGUCAUCCAGGGAUGGAAAAGCACCUUCACUGACAUGAUCUCUGCCUCAACGCGUGACGAGCUCCUGGCUGUUCAGCACAUAAUUCAUCCUGCAGGACUGCAGCAGAAAUUUAUCACAGAGUAACAACAGAGAUCUCCAGAUGCUGGAAAAACAUCCAAGUGAACUUUUGUUUGUAGCGAGAGCAGCUUCACGCUGCAGGCAUCAUGUGAGAGUAGCAUGCGGCUCUUUGAGCAUCUUUUUCCUCUUUUUCUAAUAUUUGUGUUCAACAAAUGUGAUUCUGUGACGAUGCUGAAAUUUCCCACAAUUUUUGAAGGAGACACUGGCACAAGCAGUGUAAUGUACAGAUGGUUAUAUUCUGUUGAGCCUGGAGUUGAGUCGUUCUAGGAGGAGAGACUUUAAGUGACAGAUGAGAGCCGAAUCAUCCAGGAUUGGAUGUUGAUUAGUGCUAAUGCUCACAAAGCAAUAGAGCCGUGGAAAGUAAUCAAUAGCCAGGGAGGCGGUCCAGUGAAAACAUCGAUUGGCUGGAAUGUCAAUGGUCCUGAGAAAGGGGAAGAGUAUGUUCAACGCUGUGAGGAUGAGUUGCUGAGGUUAACUGCAAACAGGAUAUCAGUGGCAACCAUUGAGGAAUUUCUGACAAAGCAAUAUAAUUCAGAUUUCACAGAGCGCAGCUGUGAAGACAAAACAGAGAUGUCACAAGAUAAUCGGCAGUUCAUGAAAGAUGUGGAACAGUCUUGUCGGUCCUGUAUAAGUCUCCCAUUUAAGAACACGUCUCUGAAGAUGUCCAAUGAUCGCAGUCAAGCUGGGCAGAGAGCCAUCAGUCUCAAGAAAAAACUCAUAAAGAACCCUGAGUUUCAUGCUACUAGAGAUUGAAACUGCAAUAGCAAACUGACAUAGAUAUUGGGUCUUUUGCCAUAACAGAGACAGACUGGCGAACUGUACAGGGUGAGCCCGCCUCUCGCCCGAAACGUUUGCUGGAGAAAGACAGCGGCACCUUCCGACUCCACUAGGGACAAGAGAGUACAGAAGAUGGGUGGAUGGAUUGUUUUAUGCAUUGAUAUCUGAAUGAAACUGGAUUUAAUUCAUGUUUAGGGAGAUAAACUUUGCCUUGUGCCGACAGCCUCUGUGUGGUUUUAAUUUAGUUAUGGUAUAAUUAAACAUUCCCUAUAAUUUUAUCAAAU